AUGACUUUUGCUGCGAUCUGCACGACGAAAGCCCCCAUUUCAGCGACUGCUGAGAAGAUCCACUGGCACGAGAAGAUCCACUACAGGACUGAUCAGGAGGAGCAGACGUACAUGUUUUGCACCGCCGAAUGCACCUUCAAUAGCACCGAUUUCGUGGGCAGCAAUCGCCAGUCGCUGGAUCUCGCAGCGGUUCGGGAACAUUUGGAGAGCGAACUGGCCAACGAUGAGGAUGAGGCCCUGCUCUAUCAGACAUACAGCCAGUGCGAAAAACACGCCCUCUCGUUGCUGCCCCGCAAGAGCGUUAAGUCGCUGGCCAAGCUCAUGGCUAGUUUCGGAUGCCAUCCGUUUGCCGGUCUUGUCAUGGAGUGUGUGGCCAACGAGAUGAUCCUCAACUGCCCGGCCAAGCGCUUCCAUCAGACGCCGCAGUGCGUGGAUACUCGCAACCAGCUGCGCCAUUGCAAGCAGACCCUGAAGUACAUAUCCUAAAGUAAUCCGAAUCAAAAGAGGAACAUGGGAAGAUUUGUGU